AUGCUGCAUCAAAAUAAUCAACUUGUCCAGGGUCCUUUCCUGAAAUCUGGUGCACGGUUGAGAACGAGAAGUGGUUGUGGCGAAUGUCGGCGACGUCGAAAGAAGUGUGACGAAAAACGGCCCAGAUGUGGAGGCUGUACCCGAAAUGAUUCCGAAUGUCAAUGGCCCAGCGAGGUCCAGACUGUUGACCGACGAAGGUAUCGGAAAACUUCUGACUCCCAAAGGGAGAUGUCUUCCCUGGCUUUAGGAACAGCCAUCCCCAGUGCAGACGACGGAGCUCAACCAGUAACCACAGUUAUGGCGUCUAACCUCCGUCCGGGGUGGUCCCUCCCACCCCCUGUAAGCAUGCCCGCGCCAUUUCACAAAAAUGAACAUCUCCGUAUAUACCGGUAUUUCGCGCACUCCAUAGCACCCAAACUUGUUCGACAGACCUCGUUAUCCAGGUAUUCCCAAGACUUACACAUCGCGCGCCUUGCCCUGGCUCAUCCACCUCUCAUGGGUGUCUUCAUUGCUAUUGCUGGAAUGGAGAUGUCAUUGCAGUCAUCCAAUCUCCAUUCGCUGGCUCUACAAAGUUACCUAUUUGCCAUAACUAGCAUCAAGACGGGUCUAAUGGAGGGACGUCAUACCGGUACUGAGGAUUGGCUUCUGGCCACCACCACCUUCUUGUGUCUUUUUGAACUAAACCUCCCAUCAAAGAACUCUCGCCGCGAUGCGAUGCCAAAUGCCCUGUCUCAUGUGUUGGCAUCAGGCCAGAUGUUGUCCCUUCGUAGGCCAAAGCCCCGAAACGCCUCGCAAGAGGCCAUUGUCUUCGAACGCAUUUGUGUAGAAUCAUUUCUGUACCACGCCGCUCUACUCACACUGUUUGAUUCUUCAGUCAACUGCCUGCCUCUUAUCCAGGGGGGUUUAAAUCUGGAGGGCUAUUUUGCAGACCCGGAUCACCCGAACGAUGUCCCGCCAGGGACCUUAACGUCAACCCAGCCGGUUCUAGAUGCAUCCUAUGAAUUCUUUCUUUUGGUUCACGAUGUUACAAAGCUCGCUCAAUCGUGUCCCCUGACCACCAGUACUGAAUUUGACAUGUGGUCUCGAGCACAAGACAUGGUUGUUCAUUGGGAGAAGGCGAUUGAGAACCAACAGACGCCCAUGUCAGAGAAUCACGUCGGACGACUCUAUACUGUGGCGAUCCGAAUUCUACUUCUACACGCAGAUUCCAGGCGCUCCAUGGUCGACUGCGUUCAAUUGCUAGAAUUAUAUCUUUUACUUGGCCUUGAAAUCAUAACAGCAUUGGUUGUUGACGAGUGGUUUUCGUUCUACUAUCUGUGGCCGCUAUUAGUGGUGGGCUCAGUAGCCGUCCUACCGGGAGAGAAGCAGAUCGUCCAAGCCAAGCUUUCUCAGGUUUCAGGCUCACGGCAGGGAGGCCCCGUUAAUCUGGCCCAUUAUCGCCUGCAGAAAGUCUGGAGGUCAGGUGCUCGGUAUAGUGACUCUGAUCGUGGACAGGUUGUUUCAAGGCAGCUUCGGACCUUGCUAAAAGAAGAUCGAUAG